GAUCGUAGUCACGAGGUGCUCCCAGCGGCCUUCUGUGACUACUGGGCUGCGCGCCAGCUCCCGCCGUCGGCGCCAUGGAUCCCGCUAGUCCUCAGGUGGUCGUGGUGGGCUCCUGCAUGACCGACCUUGUCAGCAUAACCCCUCGUCUGCCCAGAGCUGGAGAGACCAUUCACGGGAGCAAGUUUUUCAUCGGCUUCGGGGGCAAAGGAGCAAAUCAGUGUAUACAAGCGUCUCGACUCGGGGCUCGCACGGCCAUGGUCUGCAAGGUCGGAGACGACUCUUUCGGGAACAAUUACAUUGAAAACUUCAGAAAGAACGACGUCUGCACAGACUUUGUGUUUCAGACCGGAGCAGCCGCCACCGGAGCCGCCUCUAUCAUCGUGAACGCCGAAGGGCAGAACGCCAUUGUCAUUGUUGCUGGGGCAAACCUGCUACUCCGUUCAGAAGAUCUUAGAGAAGCCUCGGCCGCUAUCUGUGGAGCCCGGGUGAUGGUGUGCCAGCUGGAGAUCAGCCCCGACGUCUCGCUCCAGGCCUUGAAAAUGGCGCACAAGAGCGGCGUGAGGACGAUCUUUAACCCGGCUCCGGCCGUGGCUGAUCUAGACCCGGCCUUCUACACGCACUCUGACAUCUUCUGCUGCAAUGAGAGUGAGGCUGAGAUAUUAACAGGGGUCCAGGUGAAGAGCCCCUCGGAUGCAGGAGCCGCAGGUUCACAGCUUUUGGCUAGAGGUUGUCAUCUCGUGUUAGUUACCCUAGGAGGAGAGGGAUGUGUGAUCGUAUCCAAGGAAGACCCGAAACCGAAGCACAUCGCUACACAGAAAGUGAAAGCAGUGGACACCACGGGCGCCGGGGACAGCUUUAUCGGGGCGCUGGCGUUCUUCCUAGCGCACUGUCCUCAGCUCAGCAUGGAAGAAAUGGUGAAGAGGUCAAAUCACAUCGCGUCAGUGAGCGUCCAGGCCGCGGGGACGCAGACAUCCUAUCCCUAUCGGAAGGACCUUCCUCAGGAUAUCUUCUCAUGACCAGAUGUAAGGAAGUCAUAAAACCCACCUCUGCCACCGGGCACAGAGACGGCCCGGGCGGGUUACCCCUGACACAGGGAAGACCCUCCAUGUUAUGAUUUGUUUUUCUAAUGCCUGAAUAAAACCGUGCUGAGAAGUGA